AUGAAUAGUACAUCUUAGUCACUCAAAAUGACAUCUAGUUUGAGUUAACUUGAUCCUAUGAUGCAAUCUAAAUAAUUUAGUAUAUUUUGUCACAAACAUCCUGGUAAUGUUAUUACUCAUGGAUGCAUAGAAUAUAACUGUGAAAAUAAUUCAAUUAUGUGUGAAUAGUGCCUAGCUGAAGACUAGGGACAUACAGAAUAACAUAGAUAAUCUAUAAUGGUAUUUUCUGACUAUCUUCAUCAUAUAGCUUCAGAAAUAGGUAGACUGGCUGCUCCUAAUUCAAGUUUUUUGCAUAAAAAUAUACAAGUGAUCUUAUAAAAUGAAGCAUAUUAUCACAAUAAUUUUGAAAGCUUAUUAAAUCAGUAAAGAUAGCUGCUUUAUAAAAAUUUAGAUGAAAUAGGGAGUUUAGUUAUGCAUCAUUUAGAGAGAGUUAAGCAUUUAGCUGAACAUUACUUCUAAAAAUAAUUUGAAACCUAUAGGUUGAAUAUGCUUUACUUUAAGUAGUAAUAUAAAGGUUACAAUCCUGAUGAAACUUACACUAAAUAUUCAGACUAUAGAAAUAUUAAAUAAAAAAUUUUAGUUAAAUCACCUAUUCAAGCUUAUCAUUUUUUAAGUAACUUGAGAAAAAGUGCUAAUUUAGAAGGAUAAGUAUUAAGUAAUUUAAAUUAUCUAGCUGAAAGCAUAGCUAAUUGGAAUGAAAAAUAUCCAUUAAUUGAUUAAAUAAUGUAUGAUAAACAUAUGAAAAAAGUUGUUUAAGUUGUAUAAGAUCUUGAGGCUGACGUUUAGCUUAACCUUAAAGAUGCACCAAAUCUCAACAUAGAAUCUGUUAUAGAAGCAAAUUAGAAUCUGAUUUCUUAUAAUAAGAAAUCUGUUAGAAUAAAUUCUUAUAGAUUAUUUGAUAUGCUAAAAUAUAAUUUUUAAGUUGUGGCUACUAACAGCACUUUACAUUUAAACAGUGCUACUGCUAUAGUUUCUUUAGCAGAAGACGUUGUUGCAACAUCGUCUUAUGAUAGGACGGUUAAAAUAUGGAGAUUAUAAGAUGGUGUCAUGAUGAAGUAACUUCAUGAUAGAAAUAGUAUUACUUGUCUUUGUGUAUUUAAAUACUCAAAUGAUAAAAACAGAGAAAAUUUUUACUAUAAUGAAGAUGACCUUCAAUAUUUGCAGAAUUAAAUUUCUGAGAAUCCAUCAAAGAGUUUAAGCAAUUUAGGUUUAUUUUUAUUGACAGGUGGAUUAGAUAAAAUAAUUAAAGUAUGGGAUUUCGAUUUUUUACCUGACCCAUCUGUGCAUGUCAAUAAAGCUUACACAGAAUUACAAGGUCACGCGGGUUGGGUGACGUAAAUAAUUUCGCUUGAAGAUGAACAAAAUGUUGUUAGUGGAGAUGACACAGGAGAAUUAAUAAUUUGGGCAGUAUUUAAAUCAUAAUAAAUUUUCAGAUUAUCCUUUGCUUUUGAAAGUAUGGUGAUGACUAUUAGUUUGAUAGAAAAAUAGAAGAGAUUUGCUGCGUCAAGUGGAGAUAUCUUAAAGAUUUGGUUAAUUGAUUAUAGGUCAGACGGUACUAAAAGUCUGAAUAGCUUCAACCCAUAGCUUGUAGAUUGCUGUUUAGAAAGGACAUUUAAUUUAAAAACUCCUAUUUACUGUAUGAGUAUUCCAAGGAGUUUUAAAAAUAUUAUAAUCGUUGGAUCUAAGAAUGGUGUAUUGAAGUAUAUAGACUUAAACAAAAGUAAAAUGGUUACAAUAAAUACAGACCACAGGGAUAUGAUUGGAGAUAUGAUUUUAAUAGAAAAACUCAAGCUAAGUGAAUAAGAUUUUGAUUAUUUUCAUAAAAACAUAAAUUUUGUAUUUAUUGGAACUAAAAAACUUGGACUAUAUAAUGGGUAUGGAAAUAUAUUAGAGGAAGCAGUACCAGCAAACGCUGAAGAUUUCUGUACAAGCUCUAUACUACCAAAUAGAAAUCUUACCCUCCUUAAAGUGCAUAAAAGAGCAAAGACUUCCUUUAUAAGAUUGGCAGCAAUUAGCUAAUUUCAAAGUGAGUUUUACAGCUAUUAAUCUAGCAGAAUAAGCCUAAUACAUAUAAAAGCUGAUUUUUUAGAUUAUUUGUGA